UGCGUAACGAGAACAAUUUAUUUUCGACCCGUUGCCAACGCGAAGAAACUAAAGAGCGCAGGGUAGGUCGGUGGGAUCAGCGAUCAUUGGCUCUGUAUGCGCUCCGAGGGCGGCGCAAAUCGAUCGGGCGUGCGUUUAUUUUCAGCGAAAUGUCUAAAUACGUGAACGCGUUCCUCUCCAAAGAGCUAACAUGCAUCCCUCGGAUAAUAGACAAGUACAUCGGGAAGUACUACAGCAACGCGGUGGGAAACGCUCUGACAUGGGUCUUCGUCUUGUGGUGUCUCCUGCAUUUCGUCUUCGAGCAGUAUUUGAAUGUUUUGCUCAGGAAGAUGCAGUACAAGACGUUUACGAGGAAGAGAUUGGUGCAGGGUUUAUGGUACUGUGGGUUCUAUGGUACAUCUUUCGUGUACUGUUUGGCUAGCAUAAGUAGCGUGCAGGUAGAAGCCGAUAGCUUCAGGAAGCACAUUCUUAAAGAUGUUGGUCAAAUACCUCAUCACGUUGUGUUAGGUUUAGGUUUGUUUGGAAGCUUCUUCUUCCACUCGGGCAUCUGGGAUUUAAUCAAAUUAGGUCCAAAUGCGAUGUCCACUUCCAACUUUCUACUCUCGUUGCUUCCUCUUCUGAUCUUCCACACAGGGAGACUGGAAUUCUUCUGGGGUUUCAUGGGACUCGUCAGUCUCUACAGAUUUUCCUUCGAUAUUCUAAGAUCGCUCACUGCUUCCGGUAACAUCAAGAAAAAAACUUCCAAAUUAUUCAUCAACAGUGUCUUCUUCAUCUUCCUAGCAAUUUUUGGAAUUAUUCACUUUCUGUUGAUCCCGAUCUUCCUAAUCGUACCUUUAGCCAUGAGCAUCACGUCCAGCACUAUUACAGUCCCUCUGACACUGCUUUUGGUACUUUUGAUCGCCAUUUGGGUCAUCGAAACGUUCAACAACCCCUUAUACAAAUUUGGAUACCAUUGGAUUUAUUACACGAUCGGACAAGAAUCCUUCGCGGAUUCGUUCAUCGAAUUUUCACUGUUUCCUAUCAGAGACGACGACGCGUACAAUUUGAAAAUCCUCCAUAACGAGAUCAAAGUGCGUCAAGCCGAAUUAGUAUCGAAGAGGAGACCCAAGAACCGUGGUGUUCUCAUCCAGACGUUGAAAUCCUCGCUUCUAGGUAUGGUUGCUAUCAGGAGGAAACUGAAUAAGAAAAGUAGUUCCGAGAGUUCGGAGGAUGAAGAAUCCGAAGACAAGCGGGAUUCUGACGAGGAAAUCAGUUCAUCCUCCGAAGAAAACUCCGAGGACGAAGAUGAAGAGAAGAGACAGUACAAAGAGGAGACGGCGAAAGCGUUGCUCGAGGAUAGGAUGGAAUCAGCACCUGAACCGUUUGAGGAUAGCGUCGAGAUUGAGGAUAAAGAUGAAAACAAGAAGAACGAUUGAUAGUUUGGUUGCAUAAACGAUACGUUAACUAAA